GAGGUUUCGAUCUCCGCUAAAGUAUUUAUCGACAACACUAAUUUAAAUGUCAAACAAAGUUUAACCAAAAUGGCCAACUUAUUAUUUUCUUGUUUACUUUGCAGUUUUUAAGCCAACAUGUAGCCGAAAUAUGUGAUAAUUCAACGGCAAAAAGUGUUUUUCACAAUAAUGUUACACAACAAUGGGCCUUUUGGCCCGAAUGAAGCAUCAGUGAAUAUGAACACUCAAGUUAACAUGACGUUCAAUAAUAGUGUAAAUUACGUGAAUAACUUGAAUAAAAUCACCCAGGAAACCGAACAAACACCGGGUGUGGCAUACAACUUCCCCAAUUACGGUUUCGGACCUCCAGGAUUAAGCAUGAACCCACAAAUUCCACGUUAUCCAACAUAUCACCUUGAUAAUAUGCACUCCGCUUUUACGACUCACAGAUCGCAAAAGUUCGACCCAAUGCCGUGGAGCAGUAGUCUAAUGCCUACCAACUUUAAUCUACAGCACGGAGAGCCCCAGAAAAUAAUGGGUUAUCACCAAACUUACGACGCAAUCUCUCCUCACCCAUUGUCCAGUACUGAUACAUAUCACAGAAACCUACAUUAUAAUGUACCACAUCCGCAACCCUUAGACUACGCAACCUAUGGAUCGCACGACUCUAGAAUAGACCACAACUCACAAGAUAAUAUAACAGUGAAUAAAACCACUACACUAAACGAAACAAAACGUAAAAGUCUCGAAAACACCGUAAGAUUAAUAGAAAAUAUAUUAAGUAAUGCGUCUAAUAAGAAUACGGAGGAACUUGACUCGCCUCGGUCAAACAUCCAAAACGAAACUGAAGACAGUCAAACAAACCAAAAUGUGACCAGUACAACUGAAAAAACUACAGACAUAUCAAGUGACGAGAUGAAAAGCAACGAUAACCAAAUACAGAGCUCUGAAAACACACAGGAUUCCUUCAAUUUUGAUGAAAGUUCUAAAGGUGAAUCACAAAAUUCUGAUGACAAGUGCAAUAUAGACGAUGGAGACGGUGAAGAUUCGCUCAGCAACAUUGAAGUUAAAGUUGAAAUGACAUGCGGAGAGACAGAGUAUAUUAAUCCAUAUUUGAAAGACCCAAAUGGAGUUCAGAAAGAUGGUUUAAAUGGAACAUUUGUGUCAGCAGAGAAUAGCAUUCGUGAGGCUAUUGAAGCAGUAAGAGCUACUAAAUGUGUGAUCACCGGAACUGUGGUGAAUUUAAGUUAUGAAUGCCCACAUUGUAGCCUCAUGUUUUGUAAUCCGAAACGUUUCCUCAUACACACAAAGUGGCAUACCUUGGGCUUCAAUAAGAAGACGGAGAGGGCUAAGCGAAGAGAGAUUAGGCGGAACGAGAAGAGAGAGGCUAGGAUGAUGGAGAAAAUGAAUGAGGUGAAAGAGGAGCCAGUAGGAAACGGUCAGACCUUUUCUUGCAAGGACUGCGAUAGAGUCUUCAUAACGAAGAGUCGACUGCGUUACCACAGGCACACUGUUCACUCGACCCGUCGUCGCGUGAAGGUGCAGGAAGAAGGGGCGCCCUUCCAGUGCACCGACUGCCCGAAGCAGUUCAAGCACAGACAUUCCCUGGAGAAGCACAGGGCUUCGCACAUGGAGAAAAUCCACGAGUGUCCCGAUUGUCCAAAGAAGUUCGGUUCGGUGUCGCAACUGAAGAUGCACUCGAAGACGCACGAGCGGAUCACGCGGGGACACACCUUCCACUGCACCUACUGCGGGAAGGGGUUCUACGAGAGCUACAACCUACAGGUCCACGAGAGGACGCACCGUAACGAGCGUCCGUACGUGUGCGACAUCUGCACCAGCACCUUCCUCACCAACUCCAGCCUCAAGCGACACCUGCGGGUCUCGCACAGCAGCGCGAAGCCCUACGAGUGCAAGCACUGCCACAAGAGCUUCGCCAAGGAGAAGAUCCGGGACUCGCACGAGGUCCGCGUGCACGGCGACCCGGAGUCCUUUCGCUUCCACUGCCCCCAGUGUCAGAACAAGUACACAACGUUCAAAGAUCUCCAGAAGCACACGUACAAAGCGCAUCCUAAAGGUAAGAGACGCAAGCGGAGACAGGAUCUCGACGACUAGUGAACGAACACUCGUACUGGCGGCGUGGGGCGCGAUAGCCACUAGUGACGUCAUAUGUGCGUAACGUGAAAUACGAGUUCGAUGGACCGUUGGCUAGUGGGAUUGGUAAUGGUGUAAAUACAAUAGUCAGCUAGAUAAGAUAACGUCACGACAACGUGUGUCGUGUAGCCACCGGGCAUUAGCAAGUAACAAGGGAAGUCAAUAAAGAUGGUCAUUUAAAUCACAUUAUUCAUUAAAUUAAAUUCGAGUUUCUGUUUAUGGUAUUAAAAUAGCAGCCUUUUUUUUUUAAAUAUUAAAUGCGUAUGAUUUAUGUACGGUAUUUACAAAACAAUUUAAUAAAUAGUUAAACUUUUGUCCGUCCGUUUACUGCGGUUGAUGUCGGAAGCGGCCGAACCAAUUCUGACGGGACCUUAGUUGGCGGAUAGCUGACCUCAAUUAGCAAAGAGUAACAACAUAAACUAAUUAUGUUUUAGUAAAAUAAUUAGGGUUCCGCGUGCAAAAAAAACCCAUCAAAUUUUGAUCAAAAUGCGUUUCAGAUAAGAAGGUUGUUUAUUUCAGACGAAGUCAUAGCGGAGCGUCACCAAGACGAGCUAGUCAUUAAAGUUGUAACAUUUCGUUUCGUGGCGAGCUGAAAAACGUAAUGCGUGACGUCAUAUGCGGUAGUCUCGAAUGACGUCAUCGACGAGUUUCUUCAUGUACGCGGCGGUAGUCCAGUCAUUAUAGGAGGUUGACCUCUAAAAAUCGGCAUACCCAGUAUAUUACCAAGUAAAAACUUGUAUUUUGGCACCCUAAAACUAUUCUUAAAAUGCACAUAAUAAUAUAAUUAAUUGGAUGGUCGCAAGUUUUAAAGUCGCAGGGGUCAAAGGUCACAAACAUUUUUUGCAAAUAUCUCCUUUUAAUAAAAAGUUAAUAAAAAAUUAUAGUAAUUAAUAUUUAGCAAUAAAUUAUAACCUUAAUAUUACGAAUUUUUGAUCGAGACUACCAGUUGACCUCAGAUAAUUCUCUGACCGCGCGCUCUACGACCUUUAUCUCGAAAACAGUUCAAAUUAUAAAAAAAUGUUAAAUAGAAAAGUUGUAGAGAAAUCAAUUCUCUUCAAUAAUAAUAAAUAUAAAUAGCGUAAAACCCAUAGAGAAGGAGAUAUUUGCAAAAAUGUGUUUAAAAAAAACGACGUUUGUGACCUUUGACUGUGAAUUUUGAGAAUAGUUUUAAGAUACCAAAAUACAAGUUUUUGUGGUAAUAUUUUCCGAGAUAUUCACCUAAUUUGGCCUAAAAUGACUGGACUAAGUAGUUCUGUAAAUUAAAAGUGUUUGUCAGGUUUGAACAUCGUUACACCAUAUAGGGUAUGUCUUGAUGCUUUUAUUAUGAAUGAGGGAUUAUUGAUGGCCUCUACAGUUUCACCAGGACAAGUAGGCGAGCAAAGGCUCAGCCAGGAGGGGUGGGAUUUGCUAACAGCUGCCCGAGCGCCUCCGAAGGAGACCUAACAAGGGCAGCUGCUUCACGAAUGAGUCUUGAUGCUCUCCUGAUCAAGGUUCGCCGUCAGAUUUCUUAUUUUCUGUCGACAUACGAUAUGUGAUUAGAAUAUCUAUGGAAAUGGUAGUGCAAGGUAGAGGGGUAAGAGGUCGACCGAAGAAGACAUGGAUCGAGUGUGUGAAUGACGAUAUGAGAGAGAGAGGAGUGAGUAUUGAGAUGACGGCUGAUUGAAGAGAAUGGAAGAGAGAAAUUCGCUGUGCCGAUCCCACCUAGUGGGAUAAGUGGGAGACAAAGAAGCGAGGAUUAAAUACGACAAAAUUAUCUUUCAUUCCCUUUAUUAUUAUUUAUAAUACGUCAAUACUGAUAUUAAAAUGUCAAAAAACAAAAGUGUAUUAUUAAAAAAAUAUUGUCGUUUUGUUUGUAAAUAAAAUAUUGUAAAUAAUGUAGAUUAUCAAAUGUGUAUAUAGUUAGUCCGGAAGCGCGUUGAUUAUUUUUGUUUUUGUUUUACAGAGUAAAUAAUGAAUGAUGAAUGUAACAAUGCACUUUGAAUAUUAAAACGAAAAUGAUCUGAUUAAAACGAUUAAAGUGAAAAAAAAUUAACUGCUCAUUUUCUAUAAAGAUAUAUAUUUAACGAAACGUGAAAGGCUAUUUGGUUUAAGCAAAAAAGUGGCCCAAGCUUACUAUAGUUAUUAUGGAGCAAUGAGGUUUAAGUUUUCAUGAAUUUGAAUUUGAGUAGGCAAAAAAACAAUACGCGCAAAAAUAAUAUUUACAAAGCCAUCUGUUAUCUAUCGGUGAAACUAUGGAUAGGCCGGUUUUGCAUCAAAAUUUAUUAUAUUUUAAAUAAAUUGCAAUAUACAUAAUUAUAAGCAUGAUUAUGAAAAUUUGUGGGUUAGGGCACUUUUGCGCUGACGGCCUCAUUUAAUGGUCAAAAUUUUGAUGAAAAUAUCAUAACAAAGCAACUUCUUCAGUUAUUCGAAUGGAGUAAACUUAAAUAUGAAUUUCAAAUAAAAAUAUCGAAUUGUUGAUGCUGAUACCAAAUAAAACGCGCCUUUAAUUACAAAGAUAAAUGUCGCGUGUUAAGCGUAAUAUCGCUUAAAACAAAUAGCUAUUUGCAUCGCUCGAUUAUUAGAUGAGAUAAUAUAUUACCUCGAGUAUCGAACUGGUAUUCAAGAUCGGUGUUCUUGGUGCGAGAUUUUUAGCGGCUAGGGGCGCUGUUCAAACUGUAUACAAAUUUGAGAGAGAGAGAGAGAGAGAGAGAGAGAGAGAACAUACUUUAUUGCACACCAAAACACAAUUAACAUCAGAAAACGGUCAACAAGCAGAUACGUUUGUACAAUAGUACGGUCUUAUCGCUAAAAGCGAUUUCUUCCAGACAAACGUUUAAUUACCCGAAAUUCUGGACAGAUAAAGAUACAGCAGGUAUGUUGCAGUGCACUAUUAACAACACAUUAUUAAAAAAAAUACAUACGUACAAUUAUUAGAUAUAUACCGUUAAACACAAUAUGAAAUCACCAUAUGAUUUCUAUUCCAAUAUACUUACAUAAUAAAUUAACAGUAAGGAUAAAGCAUAAACAAGCAAAGAACACUAGGCGGAUAGGUAAUGUUCCUUCACAAUUUUUUUAAACAAUUUUGAGUUAUUAAGCAAUUUUUAAGGCAGCGGCCUGGCUCUGACCCUGGCAUUGCUGAAGUCCAUGGGCGACGGUAACCACUCACCAUCAGGCGGGCCGUAUGAUCGUCUGCCUACAAGAGUAAUAAUAAUAAAAAAAGUUAACUUUUACGCUAUCGAAAACGUUAAAAACUCGCACUAAGCACAGUGACCUCGUGGAAGACGCGAACCACAAUGUCGCGACAAAGAAACCUGUACAUAGAAUCGUGCCGUUUUUUAUUUGUAAAUAGACAAAAAAACAAUCGAAGAGAAGAAAGUAAUUUACAAUAUUAUUAGAUAUAGAGAAGAGACAGAGUUUAUAUUUGUUAUGUUUCAUGUAUUUUAAAUGUAAAAAUUAGUUGUAAUUUUUUUUUUUCGGAAGAUUAAAUUAAUUGCAUUA